GGCAGGCAGGAAGGAAGGAGGGCCCCAGAAGUGUCAGAAAAGUUAGCGCUUGGUUCACCAAAGUUGAUGGACGACAGAAACGCGUCUACCUACCGCAAUGUCAUCACCAACUGGGGUCGUAAAGAAGCGAUAGAAGAAUCCGGGGCGAAGAGAUGGCACAGCAGGAGGAGCCUCUGUAUGACUUCCCCGAGCCCGCCCGGUUGUCUCAGAAAACGGGGAUAGGGCAUCCUAGAGGAGGCUCUCUGAAGAGCGUCAGCGUGUUGGACCGCCUCCUGCUAACAGUUCCUGUAUGGCUGCAGCUGUCAAUCAACCCUGCCACGGCACUGCACAUACUGCAAAGAGAGCCACCUGGGGCGUUCCUGGUGCGCAAGUCUCGCACAUCCCAGAGAGAUGUGCUGUGUGUUCGUCUGGCAGAUGACAGCGUUCCAUCCUUCGUCCAGCAGUUCGGCAUCCGGGAGGAGCACUCCACUUUCUGUCUGGAGACGUCUGCCAUCGGUUUUCCAGAUCUCCCAAGACUCAUUGCCUUCUACUGUGUCAGCAGAGAUGUUUUACCUUUCCCUCUGGAGCUCCCUGAAGCCAUUGCGAAGGCAACGUCCCAUAAGGAGCUUGAGUCCAUCUCACAUAUGGGAAUAGAGUUUUGGAGUUCCCAGCUGAACUUCCGUGGGCCACGAGAGCCUCCCAAAGUGCAAAAGAAUGAGAAGAGGCCAAAACCUUCGGCUGCACACCCACCCAUCUCCACCUCAGUGACGAGCUCUGCCAAUAAGCUCAAUUCGACCGCUGAGCCUGAUCAAACCAACCAGCUCCACAUGACAGGGGAAACGGAUACGGCCACUAUCCAGUCAAAUCCCAUUCCCACCCUGUUCGAGGAGUUCUGUCCAAUCAGGACCCGCAGCCCCAGAGAGCUCAACUGUGGCCUCCGCCUGGGUGCGCUUUGCUUCCUCAACCCUCUUUUCCUUCAGUCCCAGAAUGCCUUGCACAGGCGGCGCAUGUUCAAGGGCAGCAUCAAGGUUCGCGUCUCCACUGAGACUUCGAGCUCCCUAUCUCCCCCUCUGGCUCCCCCUCCCCCACCACCCCUAAUGCCCAAGACCAAAGGGAAGUGUAAAGCAAAGGGACGGGAUGAGUCCAAAUCAAAGGAAGGUUCCUGUGCCUCCGAGUCUUGCACCCCAGCUGGCUCAGGUCAUACCUCUCAAAAUGAUCCUGCAUCCCAGCUUCAACAGCUGCUACAAACCCAAGAUGUCCAGGCUGAAUCCCAAAGCCUUCACGUCCAGGUUCAACCCCAGCCCUCUCUGCCCCCGUCUCAGAUACAGGGGCAGGUGGAACCAGGUCAAUUUAAGGCCGUAACAGAGGCAGAGGAGGUUUUAGCUCAGGUGACGACCAAAGCAACAGCGGAGCAUCUCCCAGAAAACACAGACUAUAAGCAGCCCUCUCCAAGGAUCAGUAUAUCCCACUCUCCUUCCCUAUCUCCUUAUCUCUCUCCCUCCAUCUCGCCAAGAGCGUCUCCCUUGUUAUUUCCAAAGGUCUCUUCACACGACUCUCCCAGUGACCCUCUCUCACUCUCACCUUACCAGUCUCCUUCUCCUUCUCCCAAAGUCCCUUUCUCCCUUUCUCCCUUCAUCUCACCCUCUACUUCUCCUACGGUUGAGGAGGCCUAUCACACACCUAGCACUUUUCUGAGAAUGGGAUUGAGAAGCAAAGAAGAGGGACGUGGGGGGGAAGGAGGAGGAGAAGAGGAUGGCAAUGAGACAGACGACGAGGAGGGUGAGGAGGAAACACAGGAGGAUGAAGAGGAUGAGAUGGGUUUGCUGUUACAGCAGAUUUAUGCCGCUUCUCUAAGCGGCACGGAUAGCUGCAGUUCCCUCAGCAGUCUAGAGGAGGCAGUAGAGACCCCACCACCCACACCCCUCAUACAGGAUCACGGCGGUUUGUCUCCUGGACAUCAGUAAUGCAGCCUUCAGGAUCCAUAAUGACAUCAUUAGGGGUAGUGAAACUGAUGGGUUGAAACUGGAAAAAGGAAGUGGCAAAGAGUUUUUUCCCCCCCAGGAACCACAGGGUGCAUCUCAUUACCCCAGAAAUGUGUCCUCCAUGACCUGGAAAUAGAUUUCUAUGCCCCCAUAUUGUCUGCUGAUACACAAUUGUAUCCUACUCUUCGAACUACUAGUAUGUUUGGUUGUUAUCGUACCCAGAAUCUGACAUCAUAACCCAAAAAUUAACAACAUGAUGGGCGAAGUGCCAGCAACUAAUGAAACAUUCAGCAAUAACGUUGCUCUGUUUAGCAGAAGGGAUUCAUUUUAAAAUGUAUAUAAUGUGUCAAACGCAGCUGCCCUUUUACGCUGUGGCUUCAUCACCCGUUGGUUUGGAUUGCAGGCAAUACCAUAAAAUGUUCUGUAGCUUUUAACUUUCAUUUGGUGUACCUUUUAAUUAAGAUUCAUUUUAAAAACAGACAGCUUAUAUAUUGAACAAAACAUCAAGCUUUGCUGCUGUACUGUGGGCUUGGGUUGAGUCAGCGUUACGGCGGUGCCACGUCAUCAGUAGCUUCUAUUUCUGAUGAUGGAGCAGCAUGUUAGCAAUUUUCCACAAGGUUCGGCCCCAAAUUACCUCUGGUUAGGAGGAGGAGUGGUGUUGUGGGAGGAGAGGAAGAGGGGCAGUGGUGAAGAGUUUUUGGGUGCAUCCACAGCGUCUCUGCAAACGGCUGCAGAGAAAGGAAUUCCAGACCAGCGUCAAGCAUUAAUGUGCCGAGAUGAACGGGAAAAGUUGGGCAAUAUGGAUUUCUGUUGCAGAAGUCUCGUGUUAAAACACCUAAGGUGUAUCUCAGUCCAGCUACAUACAAGGUGAAAGUACUGAUUAACUUCCAGAAUUUGUUUUUUUUAGUAAACUUUGGAGAAGAGUGGCAGCGUUUCAGGACUGCGUCACGUUGUUGGUGGUAAGGGCUUACACUUGGGGUAGAAGUGAAGACAGCUGUUGCUAUACUUAUACUUUGUCUGUGUGGGGUGAAAAAGAACAGAUGCAUGACGGCAAACACCCGCUUUUCCCAGACCACAAGAAUGUUGCUGUUAGGGGAUUUUCUUGGGCUGCCUCAUUUAUCUGAUAUUUUUUAUGUUACAUGGUGAACAAUGGGGAAACCACCCUGGGCCAGUACAGAAGGAUAUAAGAAAUAGUUCUGUUAUUCAAAACCAAGUUGAAUCAGUUCAUACGUUUCGACACUCAGCUGAGUGACAAGGCCAGUGGCCACUCUUUCGAGGAUGGGGAUGUGCACAUCAGUGAUAGGGAGGAACGCUGGUUUGAACGGGGAGUCAAAGAGGCCAUCAAUGUGAGGAGGGAACGAGCAUCCCUGAACCAGGGGGGGGGGGUAAGAGGAGUACAUCUGUCACCAUCUUACAAUGCUGUGAUUGCAACCAUUCCCAAAUCCUCUGUGAAUAGUACACAUGGCCAUUGUAACUCCAGUUAAUGGUCACGCCCAUAUUUGCAUAUUGUAGCGAAUUCGGGGGGGGCAGUCCGGGAG